UUUGUGUUUACGAAUUCAGUUUUGCGUGAUAAAAAUUUGCAACUUGGAGAAGCAAAAAGAUUUUAAGUUAAUUUUUUAGAUUAUUCUUGUAAUUUCUCAAGUUUUUAAAAUGUGCGACUCCGACAACGAGGAGUUCGAGUCGGCGGACGAGGAUUUCGACGGAAAAGAGCAGCGAAAAGAAGUUACCAAGCAAACAGAGCGAACUCCCUCACCAAAAACAUCGGCUCCAGCCUCCACGGCAUCUGACGUGGAACCUAAAGUCGCUGCUGACCCAGUGGAAGAGGAGUCGUCCGGGGUGCGGAAAAUCGUGCGACCCGACCCGGACCGGCUGAAGGAGGCCAAACUGCUGGUGGAAAGCAAACCAAAGCCGAAGGAGGUUCCGGCCGCGGUCGAGGACGGUUGGGACGACUUUGAUGAUGACUGGGGUGACUUUAGCGUGGAGGCCAAACCGGACGAGAAGAAGAAGCCGGAUCCGAAGGUGAAAACGAGCUUCAAGGACGUCGACAUCGACGAGGUGGAGCACAAGCUGAAGGACUUUAUGAAGGGUCAGGAUGACGAUGCGUCGGUCAGUUCGGUGUUGGAUCGUUUGACCCAGGAAGAGAGCAAGGCGGCGGCCUCCGCCGCCGGGCAAUCGUGGUCCGGCUGGAAGCCCAGCUGGGGUGGUGCGGCGGUGUCCUUCCUGUCGUCGGCUUCGAAGAGUGUGGCGUCCAUCACGACCAACAUCACGCAGGUCAUCGAGUCGGGCAUCGGAGUUCCGACGCCGGAAGAGAUGGCCAAACGGCAGGCGGAAGAGCAGGCUAAGCUGAAGGCAGAUGGGUACGUGCCGGAGGGAGACGUCGACCAGUCGCCGGGCGAUCGGUUCGGGUUCGACCAGAUUGUGUCCGGGGUAACACAAAUCAGCAGCAAGGUCAUCUCCGGCGGACUCGACACGUUGGAAGGCAUUGGCAAGAAAACGAUGAACAUCCUGCAGGAGAACGACGCAGGUUUGCUGAGCAAGCGAAAACUGCUCGGGAUGGGCAACGAUGACGGCAUGGUGUUGAGUCAGGUUCUACGUGAAGCUAAGGAAAAGACCGAGGAGCGCGAAAAGAAUCUGAAACAGGUCCAGAAGCAUCUGUACAAGAAAAAGCUACACUUUGAAACUCUGUUUGACGAUUACCACGGCCUCGUACACCUGGAAGCGCUGGAAAUGCUUUCCAAGCAAGCUUCCCUCAAGCUGGAAUCGCUGCUGGCGCCACUCAGUGGAAAGGCUCUCGACGACCUGCAGGAAACGAUGAACGAAGUCAAAGAACUGUGCGAGCUUCCCGAAGACGAAGAUGACGGCUCCGCCGAUGGCCGGCACACCGCGCAAGAGCUGGAAUCCAAACUCAAAGAAGCCGUCGUCGAUCUGGACGAUGUCAAGGUAGACUUCCAGGACUUGCUCAACUGUUGGAAGGAAAACGUAGAAUGGCUCGAAAGCGCUUCCCACCGAUCGGCACAGCAAAUCUUCGAAAAGGCCAUGCACGGCCUAGCCCAAACGACGGCGCUGUGCGUCCUGCGGAUGCACAAACUGGCGGAGAUUCUGCUCAUUCUGGACCGCCACAGCACCGCGAACGAGGCGGACGCGCUGGUGCAGCUGACGGGCGUGUUUUGCUGGCAUCUGAGCGGACUUGCGGCGCGGUUUUCCGCCGAGCUGAGCAAAACAAAUGGAGAAAGCAAGCGCGGCGAGGACUGCGACAAUGCGUUGAUCACCAACAUCUUUUUGGAGGGUUCAAACAGCAUUUCGUACGUGCAGAAUGCGUUCCAGCUGUUCAUCCCAAUUCUGCAGAUCGGUGCUGCGUAGAACAACCAUCCCAAUUGUGUACUUCUUUUUACUAUGGUUCACGGAGCAAAACAAAAAGUUUUAUU